AUGGAAGGGCAUUUGGAAGUUCCCGUGGAUGACCGAAGUAUCUACGCCGAACUGCAAAAGAACUGGGUGCAAAAAUAUUUUCGCACAAGAGACGGACGCUUGCAGUGGUUUGCCUCGCAUUUCGCGGACGAUACGCCGGUUGGUGAAGUACUGCUUUCUGGUUGUGAAGUGGAUGCAAACAAAGAUGAGAACACACUACACGUACACGGUGGAAGGAAUCAUGUGAAAAUGAUUUUAAGGGUUCCUCCAGGCCUCAAUGUAUUUGAUAAAUGGAGGAAGGCGAUCAACAGUCAUGCCGGCUCGUCGUAUCUCGAUGCUUUCGUCAAUCCAGUGUUCCCACCGUUGCCACACAUUACUGAGAAAGUAGCAAUAAUCGAGCUUGGUUCAUGCUCCAUACGCGCUGGCGUACUCACAAUGGAACCCUCACUGCCCCAGUCUUUCUUCCCAACGAUAGCUCUUAUCAAGGGCGAUGGUAAAAUUAUCGUCGGUGCUGAUGCAUUGCUACCUGAGAAUUGCCGUAGCGGAGAACUGAUAAAGCCUUUACGAGCGACAGAUGCUUCAUUAGAACGGUACGUAUUUCAUCGACCGGCUUUGAAAGCUUGCCUGCAGAAAUGCGUCACCGAUUUGAAUAUUGACCCUACAGUAUACCGGGUUCUGCUAUCAGUUCCUCAAAAUAUUCCUAUUGCUCUUAUUAUCGACUUACUAAAGAUUGUUUUGGAGGAACUGCGAUUUCAGGGUGCAGCGAUAUCACGUCAACCAAACCUUAUAUUAUAUGCAUACGAUGUGACAACUGGUGUUGUCGUUGAUAUUGGCGAUUGUCUGAAUAUUGUACCGAUCGUGGACGGCUAUGUCGUGGACAGUGCAAUAAUAUCGUUACCAUAUGGGGCCACUCAGAUAGUCAACGCUUUACAAACCAAGCUUGCCGAAUCGAACAUUGGUGUGUACACGUUCCAGUCGCCGGCUGAAAGACUCAUUCUACGUUACGUGAUGGAACAGGCCUGUUAUGUUGCAACUGACUACGAGGAAGAAGUGACGAAGUACAAGAGUAGCGGUGGUUAUAUGGAUGCAACCAUCUCUCUUCAACAGUUUAAACCAACAAACGAGAUGGUGCCCUCAUUCAAGGUACGUAUCAGAUUUCAAUAUGAAAAGAUCAAAUUGAAUCAGUACGUUUUUGCGCUAUACUAUCAUCGAACGGUGGAUUCGGCUCGUUUCACCGCAACAGAAGGAUUGUUCAAGCCGAAAAGGUGGGGUUUGGACACAAAAGCAUUGCACCAGCUGGUAUUCGAAGCCGUACAGUCGUCACCUAUCGAUAACAGGAAAACGCUGUUUAGGAAUAUAUGCCUUGCUGGUGGCAUCUCAUUGCUUCCUGGCUUAGCCGAGAGACUGGAAGUGGAAGUUGCUUCACUUGUUGCACCAAUCAUACACACACAGGUUCAUCUCUCACCAUGGAGGUAUAAUGCUGCAUAUUUGGGUGCCCAAGUAAUCGCUUCAAGUAACCAGUUCGAUGAGAAAUAUAUAACACUUAAAAGCCUCAAUGAUUUCAUCGCUAAUUUGCAGAAUUCUGUUUUCUAA